AAUAUAAAGUGAGUAUUUUUCAGGUAAUUCACACUGCCUCAGGAAACGUAUGUGGAUUGAACAGCACCAGUUUCAGUUGUGACGGGAACAGUUACACGUUUAGAGUCAUGUUCAAGGAGCCUGUAGAGAUUGUCCCCAACACGAGCUACACAGCCUGUGCUACACUGAAGGGACCAGACUCACACUAUGGUACACGUGGGCAGCGCAAAGUGGUAGUGGACUGUCCGAGUGGAGGCAAAGUCACGUUCCAGUUCUCAUACGCGGCAGGCAACAAUAACGGCACCUCAGUCGAGGACGGUCAGAUCCCAGAGAUUCUCUUCUACACUUAGGGAACUGUGAGUAUCCAUCUAGUA